AUGGACAAGGACCGGUCGACUGUGUUCUGGAUCAGGGAGUUCGGCCGCGCCGCCGUCGUCGUCGCCCCGCGGCCGCCCGGGGCGUCGCGCACCAACCAGCAGCUCGGCGCCGUCGUCGCCGGGCCGCCGGUGCGCACCCGUGCACCCCCAACAACGCGUCAGCGCCUCGCCGCCAUCGCCAGGGACUUCCUGGACAACGCGUACGUCUACGGGGUGGUCUUGGCCUCCAGGAGGAACAUCCACGUCCUCGACAGGGCCCUGUGGGUGAUCGUCGUCCUGGUGGCGAUCCUCAUCACGCUCUGGCAGCUGCCCGUGACGUACCUGCGCAUCACGCAGCACCCGACCACCGUGGAGGUCCGCACCAUCGCCAAGGCCGUGUACAACAUACCUUUCCCCGCCGUCACCAUCUGCCCCAAGAUGAAGGUCCGCAAGAGGGCCGCCUUGGAAUAUCUCAAGCAAAACAACCAAGUCUCAUUCUUGAACGAGUCUGUGGUACUCCCUGCCCUCGAGCUCCUUCAAAGUUUUAAAGUGCCAUACUGGUUGGAUCAACGGCCGUUUCCAAUAUACGACAAGGAGGUCUACGACCUGUUCUCCGGCAUCGACCUGCCUGACUUCAUGCAGACAGUGGCGCUAAACUGCAGCUCAGUCUUCAAACGAUGCAACUGGGCGGGGACAGAGGUCGACUGCUGCAGCAUCUUCCGCCGCAUCGUGUCCAACUCGGGGCUCUGCUUCGCCUUUAACUCGUUCACCACGCAGGAGCGUCGCGUCGCCUGUCCCCUGAUUCCCUACGACGAGCGGCCGACGCAGUCGGCGACCAACGUCUGGUACCUGAACCGGCCCAAGACUGACAAGUGUGGACUCGUCAGGGCCACCGGGGUGGGUCUCCACAGCGCUCUAGAGGUGUUUCUGGCGUUCGCCGACCCGCUGGACAUGGUGCUGCCCGGGGCCCAGAGCAGCGGCUACGACGUGUCGGUGCAGUCGGCCAACGAGAACCCGGACAUGAGCCGCGGCAUCGCCAUCACCGAGGCGGGCAACACGAUGACCUCCGUGAGCGUCACGUACAAGGAGAUCGCGGCAGACCCCUGGCUGCGGACCCUGGACCCCACUGUGCGCCACUGCCUGUUCGAGGAGGAGCUGCCCGAGCUAUUCCGCGACCUGGACCAGAACUGGUACACGCAGGACACCUGCAUCCUCGUCUGCAGGGUCCUGUUCCUGCACAAAAACUGCAACUGCUUUCCGUACAUCAUCCUUAAGAACAAUCAGCAGUGCAGCUUGGAGGAGUACCGGUGUAUCGUGCAACACGCUGCUGGGCGUAUGCAGUGGGCGCGCGUCACCCCCGAGGACCUGCCGGGCGCCUCCCCCGAGGAGCGCAACCACUCGGCCUGGCCCGACUGCCGUCCUUGCCUUCCGAUGUGCUCGCUGACGGCGUACGACUCCGAGUUCAGCACGAGCCGGUCCCUGUACGUGCCCAAGCACGGCGCGGCCGCCUUCCUCAACGUGUUCUACCGCGACCUGCACAGCGCCAUCAAGUACACGGAGCGGCGGGAGCAGGAGCCCGCCGACCAGUUCGUCACCUACUGCGCCGUGCUCAACCUCCUCCUGGGGCUGAGCGUGCUGAGCGUGGCGCAGAUGGCCUUCUACCUGGCGCAGGCGCUCGUCGUGCUGUGGGGGCCGGCGCGCCGGCGCCUCGCGCUGCUCCGGGACACCUGCUGGCGCCCGAGGACCGCGUCGCCCGCGCCGACCCCGCGCCGCCGCGGCCCGACCCGAGUCCGUCCCGGACCCGACCUGGAUCUGGGUGCCUCCGUCGUCGCGCCCCUGCCUUUCGUCAACUGAUCACUACCGGUAAAACCUUGCAGUGUCCCAUCUUUAUGCAUGCUGCUCUGUAAUUUCCGUGCUAAAAUACACAACCGCACUGGAAAAACAAAGGUGCUAAGUCUUAUUUAGUGCCUUUACAAAAAGGCACUGAUUUUUAGCACCUUUAGGGCCCUUUAGUGCCCCAGGAAAUGCACGGCUUUGCUCCUUUGUUUUUCCAGUGCGUCCGGACAAGGCAGAAAUUUCUCACAGCUCCGAGCUCUCUCACCUUCGAUCUCGGCAUCGAUGAUUGAACGCACGGAGUGUGUCGGCGAAUCACUUAAUUUCCGUCGCUUUUAUGUAUUCAAAUGUAUAAGGACUCCGCGUGGUGAAAUGAAAGGACUCCUUUUGCUUUACGACUUUCUCUCUUAUAUACCCUCUCGUUUCCCCUAGAAAGAUUCAACCCCGU